CAGAGUGCCACGACGACCUCUCGUCUCUGAUCAUUGGGCACCCCGUUUGUCAAAGAUCACUGGCACGGUGUUGAACCAUCCUUAAAAGGCCUAAACUGCUUUCCAAUCGUCAAUCUUAUGCCCUUUGGCUAUCUUCUAGAGCCAAAGUCGCCUCAAUAAUUAAUAAACUAUUCAGUCUUUAAGCGUUUUCUCUCACUACAAAAAUCACCUUCAAAUAACAUGUACCCAGCUCGAAAAGCAAUGGCGAGUUUAUCGAACUCGCUUCAACUCAAGCACGGACUCACUUCCUGGUGCCCGGGCUCUUCUUCUUUGACUCGUCGUCUCCCUUCCUCUUCUAUCCGAUUCAGAAGCUUCGUCGUUGCCGCCUCUUCUUUUUCUAAUGACAACCGAGAAUUUGUGAUCGUUGGAGGAGGCAAUGCUGCUGGGUAUGCAGCCAGGACUUUCGUCGAACACGGGAUGGCCGAUGGCAAGCUGUGUAUUGUGUCCAAGGAGGCAUAUGCACCGUAUGAGAGACCGGCUUUGACAAAAGGCUACUUGUUUCCACUAGAUAAGAAACCAGCUCGAUUACCUGGUUUUCAUACUUGUGUUGGAUCUGGUGGUGAAAGGCAAACUCCUGAAUGGUACAAAGAGAAAGGGAUUGAGAUGAUUUACGAGGAUCCAGUAACGGCUAUUGAUACAGAAAAGCAAACCCUAACUACAAAUUCAGGCAAAUUGCUGAAGUAUGGAUCUCUUAUAAUUGCAACAGGCUGCACAGCCUCAAGAUUUCCAGAUAAAAUAGGUGGAAACCUUCCUGGUGUACACUAUAUUCGGGAUGUUGCUGAUGCUAACUCACUAAUCUCUUCUUUGGAGAAGGCACAGAAAGUGGUGAUUGUUGGUGGUGGUUAUAUUGGGAUGGAGGUUGCUGCCGCUGCUGUUGCCUGGAAACUUGAUACUUCGAUCAUUUUCCCAGAGAAUCAGCUUUUGCAAAGAUUAUUCACUCCUUCUCUUGCUCAAAGGUAUGAAGAACUAUACAAAGAGUAUGGUGUCAAAUUUUUAAAGGGUGCUUCUAUCAAAAACUUAGAAGCUGGUCCUGAUGGACGGGUAGCUGCUGUUAAACUUGGAGAUGGAUCUACUGUAGAAGCUGACAUGGUAGUUAUUGGUAUUGGAGCAAAACCUGCAGUUAGUCCCUUUGAAGUGGUAGGAUUAAAUAAUACUGUUGGUGGCAUACAGGUUGAUGGUCUGUUCCGGACAAGUGUACCUGGAAUAUUUGCAGUGGGAGAUGUUGCAGCAUUCCCCCUUAAGAUGUAUGACCGUGUAGCACGAGUUGAACAUGUUGAUCAUGCUCGUCGAUCUGCACAGCAUUGUGUUAAGUCAUUACUGAGUGCACAAACUCACACUUAUGAUUAUCUGCCCUACUUUUACUCGAGGGUUUUUGAGUAUGAAGGGAGCCCCAGGAAAGUUUGGUGGCAGUUUUUCGGGGACAAUGUUGGAGAGACGGUUGAGAUUGGAAAUUUUGAUCCAAAAAUUGCUACUUUCUGGAUAGACUCUGGUAAACUGAAAGGAGUUCUUCUUGAAAGUGGAAAUGCUGAGGAAUUUAAGCUACUUCCGGAACUUGCAAGGAACCAGCCUUCCAUUGACAAAGCCAAGCUCGAAAAGGCAUCUUUGGUUGAGGAGGCACUCGAGAUUGCUAAAGCCUCCCUGCAAGUUGUGCAGAAAGCUUAGUUGCGCCGCUGAACCUCUCAUCGAAAAGUAGUGGUCUUUGCACAAGAACACCACCAUGCAGUUAGCUUUUGGUAAUAAAAUCUUGAAACCUUACCAUGAAAUAAUUGUUUGAAACCUAGAGUAUACAGCCUACUUUGAUAUGCAGAGAGAGAGAGAGAGAUGUACCACCUUGAAAUUUUGGUAGGGUGUUGGUGGAUCCAAUAAUAACUGAUUCAGUCAUUUGUGAA